CUCCCGUCCCGUUCUCAUCCCUCCUCAUACGCGUUAUCCGCAUGUCCGCCACCGUGUGCGAGACCGCGUUGCAGCCACAGCUCGCUCACGACCACCCUACAUCCGCAACGCGACCGGGCCGCUACCGCUGGCCGUCGUUCAAUAGCCUUCGCGGCGGCACCAGCAGAAGCAAAAGCAGGCAUUCUGCACUGCGAGUCGUCUCAUCCGAGACUACCCCGACACCCGCCCAGAAGCCCGUCGCUUCCAGUCCUGCGGCUCCAGGGGUGCCGGUGAGCGCGUCCUUCGACUCUCCAUCUCGAGAUACGCCUGCCCCCACCGACGUCGCGGACGCAGUACGGGAGCAGGCCCGGCUGCCUGCCUUUGAGUCUCCAGCGGAUCCUGUCUCGUCCCCGCCCGCGUCGCAGCCAGCCAAGGCUCAUCAUGUUCGGGCCAAGUCGACCACCGCCGUCGGCGAGCCCAGCAUCGCCCGCCUGGACUUCCCGGCGGCGCGAACGAUCCCCCGCGCCCGUGCGUCGUCCUCUGCAACGAUGCUCGACCAGCCACGCACGCGCACGCGUGCCCGUCUCCCCUCGAUGCUCUCCUCUGUCCUGACCAACCCCAGAGCGGCCGUCCAGACCCGCAUGACCCCCACUGCGGAGUCGGAUCUCGUCGGCUCGUUCGCACCUACGAGCAGUCCACGCGAGCGACUGCUCAGCCUCCUCUCGUCAGGCGGCGUCGCUCCCUCACCAAUGCCGUCGGCCCCACCGUCGCCAUGUCGCGCCCCACUGCGCUUAUCUACAGCGCACGUUCGUGGCGCGAGUGCCCCGGCCCCCAAGCACAGACGACGCACGACCUCUUCCCCAAUCGACGCGCCGUCGUCACCCACACUUCCGUCUAUCUGCCGUACGCCGUCAUCGUACUCAGGAUCAGAUUACUUCCCCACCGCACCAUCCUCGGCCGGGCCUGCCACACCCGUGCAUGUCGCGGCGCCGCUCCCGCCCUCGCUUUCCCGCAAGUCAGAAACACUACAUCCAGUCCUCGAAGGCCUCGAGCGCGCGUCCAUGUUCGCGGUGCAGACCGCGUGCGCGACGUGUGGCCGUAGUGGCUCAAACUUCCCAUGCUGCCCGAAGUGCGGCGAGAUGUGGUGCUCGCGCGCGUGUCGCCUGCAAAAGGGCAACGGGAAGCGACAUAUCUGCUCCGCGCGACGCGGGUGAGCGGCGUCUCCACCGCCCUUCGUCGUGCGUAUCAUGUUUUUAGUUGUGGCCAAGCCCUUGCGAACUCUUGCCUCUUGCUCCUUGUACGUACCGUAUCUCUUGACCUCCCUCUGGGCUGGUGCUUGCGUUAUCUUUUUGCACGUCCGUCGUCGAUGUUUUGCCUAGAGGUCAGGUUCCGGCUCUGUAGCAUGCUGUAUCACUACAUUAUUACUCCCAUCUUGCAUCAUCUAUCAUCUUCCCCUCGUAUACCUUGCUUCAUUCAACCGUCGUAAGCGCACGUUACCAUCAUCUACUCAUCUACCUGUACAUAUGCAUUCCCACCUAUCUAUCUCAACUGCUUUU